CGCGCGGCGCUGCGAUGUGCCUCCUGCUGGGAGCCGCUGGCGUCGGGAAGACGCUGCUUGUGAAGCGCCUGCAGAAGCUGAGCGCCCACGACGGGAAGGGCGACCUGGGGGACCCGUGGGGGGAGGUGGUGGUGUCUGACCUGGUGUGCAGGGUCAGCUUGGUGGACAUGCAGGAGCGUGCUCACUAUGUCGAAGCAGUGCUGGAUGCCUCUGACCCCACACAGCUCUCUGCCUCCUGUGCUCACCUCCUGGCUCUCCUUUCCGCAGAACAACUUGCAGAAGCCUCGGUCCUGAUCCUUUUCAAUAAAACCGACCUGCCCUGUUAUAUGAGUGUGGAAGAGAUGAAGUCCUUAAUGAGGCUCCCAGACAUCGUGGCCUGCGCCAAGCAGAACAUCACCACCGUGGAAGUCAGCGCCCGGGAAGGCACUGGCUUGGCAGGGGUGCUGCACUGGCUCCAGGACACCCACAGAGCCAGCUGCUGACGGCCAGCUGGGGACUUGAUUAGCCAGUGGGAGCCGGACAGAGACCGGCAGUCUCCGGGGUUGGUUCUUGUCGGUGCACAGUGACCUGUGUGAGCUCAAGAGAAGGUUCUGUGUUGAGUUGCAGUGACAGGUCAGCCAAGGCACCCAAAGUACAGGCACUGCAGACCCCACAGCUGUAUGUGUUGCCCCUGGAGUAGGGAGGCGGGUCAGCAGUGAAGCAGAGGCUAGAGAGUUGAGAGGCAUUAACUUACGUGAAGAGGGGUACUAUCUUAUCAGAGGGAGAAGGGGAAAAAUAAGGGGGGGGGAACAAAGCUAGCUAUUGGAAACUUUGAUAAAUUGUUUAAUUUAAAACAUCUGAAAUGUAACGCCUCCACUUAAUUCACAAUAAAACACUAAAACGUUCAGGCACACUGUCACCAGCCUGGUAAGACACAACAGAUCUGACGCAGCAUGGGGCGCAGUACCGAUUGUGGAUGUGGAAGAGGACAUGGGGUCCAGACACCUCCCACUCCACGUCCACUCUUACCUUCUCAAGUUACGGUCACCAUGCUGGUCAGCUCUGUGCAUCGUCUACAUUGUUGUGACCAUGUCAACACUGCCCACAGGAAAGCCUCCUGAUGUGCUGUGAAGACCGGGACUUAUUUUUAUUGAUGCCAAUUGCUCUAUUCACUCAGUACUUAAUUCCAGCUCAGCAUCAAAUAUUCCAAUAGAAUUCUAAAAAAACCUCAUCCUGCUAAACACAUGAGCUAUUUUUGUCUCUGACGCCGCCUCUUAUGGGCUUCUCUGUCCUCUGCUCCAGCCUGGUGAAAGUUAACUUCUGGGCCGUGGACACGGAUACAGUUAAACAGAACUGAUAGCUGGAAUGGGAAAAGAGACAUCGCUUAAAAGUCUACCGAUGCCACAAAGAGUACAAAAUAUGAACGUUACGCCAAGGAAUGAAAUUAUUUGAAAAACUGCCACAGAUCAUUCAAGAAGAAAUACCACAUUCUCAAUAAUAUAUAUAUAUAUAUAUUCUUAAGUAAAGGUUUCCUAAACUAUAUAAAGAAGUAGUAAAACUGAAUUGACCUAUGUCUUACUUUAAAAAUGAGUUUUUAAUUAAAACCUUCCCACAAGGAAAUCGAGGCCCAGCUAAAUUCACUGUCAGUAAAAAACUGGACACAAAUUUUAAUCACCUACAUAAAACAUUUGCAUGGCCUUGAGGAAGUUCUUGAUUAUAAUCGCAUAGGACACGCUUGGUAAAGAGGCUAGUGAAGGGGAAAGUCCUCACGGCGGAGGGCUGACAGUGGCCACGAUGGUAGGCUCUCACAGGCUGAGGAGGGCCCAGGGCUGGGCUCUUUCCUGUUCUGUGUGAGUCACUUUCCGUGGGAACUGGCUCGAUGGUACUUCGCUGGGAAAUUCCUCUGGAACGGAAAGAAUGAAAGAGAUGAGAGAGGUUCAGAAAUGUACUACCACCUCUCUUGGCAAGACAUGAGCAAGUGGAGAUUCUGGAGGCUGUAAUAUAGUACAUGUGUCGUCACCUAUCAAUCUACUUUAUCUACGUAUGAGAGUGAGCUGGUUUUUAUCCUUAACUAAGUCUCCCAUGCUGUCAGAACAAAACCAGACCUCUGGGCUGUGGCUUAGGGCCCUGCAGGAUCGGAAUCUAUUCUUCCUUGAUGCUCAUCUCCUGCCACUUCUACCCCAGCAGGCAUUUAAGAAAGAGGUCAUGUAAUUUUACCCUGACUUCCAGAAAGUGGAACAGAACACUUCCAAACCGAGUCUUUGAAACCAGCAUCUGCUAAGACCCGUGUUCCUCACAACACAGAAGGCGAGAACGAAAGUUCGAGUGCUAGGAAAGCAACAGCACAGUACUACCUCACCUCCAAGUGGCAUUUGUUUCAAGAAUGUAAGGUUUGAACUUAUGAAAAUCAGUCAGUGUAACUCAUCCUAUUAAAGUGAAAAAAGAACA